AUGGAUAAGAACGAUAAUGUUCAAGCACCACCUGCAACCGGUGAAUCAUCAGUAGCUGAUACUCAAUCAACAGCAGCUGCUACUGGUACACCUGCAACUGCACUUGCAACUCCGGGUUUUCUUCAAAAUGUACAACAACGACUUGAAUCAAUGGGUGAUGAUCUUGAUCUUGGUGCACUACUCGCUGGAAGUUUACCAGCGGAAGUUGUUCGUCGUGUGAAUGCACUUCGAAAUAUACAAGUUGAACAUCAUAAAAUUGAAGCAAAUUUUUUUGAAGAAGUUCAUGCACUUGAAUGUCGAUAUUUAAGCAAAUAUAAACCAUUAUAUGAAAAACGUUUAAAUAUUGUCAAAGGAGCUUACGAACCAACAGACGCUGAAGCUAAAUGUGCAUUUGAUGAGGAUGAAGCUGAUGAAGAAGCUAAAAAAGCAGCAGAAGCUGGUGAAAAAUCUGAUGAAAAGAAAAAAGACGAAGAAAAAGCAGUUGGUAUUCCAGAAUUUUGGUUACAAGUAUUUAAAAAUUCAGAUGCUCUCUCAGAAUUAAUAAAAGAACAUGAUGAACCUGUAUUAAAACAUCUUAUUGAUGUACGUUUAACUAUGCAGGAUGAUGCACAAUAUAAAGGUUUCACAAUUGAAUUUGAAUUUACAUCGAAUGAAUAUUUUUCUAAUACAAUAUUAACAAAAUCUUAUGAACUUCGUACAGGACCUGAUGAAACUGAACCAUUAUCCUAUGAAGGACCAGAAAUAAUUAAAUCUAAAGGUUGUGAAAUUCAAUGGAAUAAAGGAAAGAAUAUUACUAUUAAAAUGGUUAAAAAACGACAAAAACAUAAAAGUCGUGGUACAAUUCGUGUUGUUACAAAAGAAGUUCAAACUGAGUCAUUUUUUAAUUUUUUUACACCACCAACUGUACCUGAAGAUGCUGAUGCUGAUCUCGAAGAAAAUGAAGAAUUACAAUCGUUAGCAGCUGAUUUUGAAAUUGGACAUAUGCUUCGAGAUUCAAUCGUACCAAAAGCUGUUCUUUAUUAUACCGGUGAAGCUGGAGAUGAAGAUGAUGGCGAGUUUGAUGAAGAUGAAGAUGAUGAAGAUGAUGAUGACGAUGAUGAAGAUGAAGAUCCAGAAGAAGAUGAAGAUGAAGGUCAUCAUCAUCAUCAUGGAGGCGGUAAGGGUGGACAUCAUCAUGGUGGCGGUGGUGGUAAACAUGGUCCACCAGGUGGUUCUCAAGGUAAAUCUAAAGGUGGUAAACAUGGCUCAGCAGGUGGUGCCAAUGGCGCAGGACAACAACCUGAAUGCAAGCAACAGUAG